CUGACGAUAUCGAAUAAAGCGAUAAUCAUUACGUCUGGCAUCGAUUUUCUCAUUUCUUUUAUUAUUAUUUAAACGUAUAUAACCGUGUAUCAUUUGUUCAUUUUUGAUGUUGCAGUAAUGUCAAGGUCAUGGCUUCCGUCAAUCUGCAAGAAAAAGCUAAUUUUACAAGGAUUAGUAGACUUUUGGUCGACAAAGGGACUGAAGCUUUAAGAAAUACUCUGGAUGCCAUACAUCCUCCUGCUAACCUACCCGCAGUUCUUAAUGCCAACAGAACAACCCUUCUAAAGUUAAAACCUCGAGUUAUCAAUGAUACCCAGUGGGAUUUAUUGUUUCCUCCAUCCGGCAACCCACCAGAUUCGAAGACCUUUGAUGUUACAUUGCUGACUGUUCUUUUGCGGAAUCUUGCUGGCUUACCCCCUCCUGCAACAGGCUGGAAUACGAUGCCUCCAGACACCGAUAAUUCUCUUGGAGCAAAUAUUGCGCGAAUCAAAUUGUUUAGAAAUCAAGUUUAUGGCCAUGUUACCUCAACACAAGUAGACAAAAUAACAUUUCGCAAUUUAUGGCAGAAAAUUUCUAAAGCUUUGAUCGACUUGAAGGUUCCACAAAAAGAAAUCGAUGAUUUGAAAACAUGUCCUUUGGGUCCUGAAGAAGAAAUCUAUGGGCAGUCGCUUAAAGAAUGGGUCUUAAAAGAAGAAGAAUGUAAGAAUAUGCUGGACGAUCUUACAAGAGGUGUUAGUUUGAUUCACAGUCAGCAAAAGGAUGACAGAGAAGUUAUCGAGCAAAUUCACCAAAGGGUACAGCAGUUGUGCACUUCUAGUUCGAGUGAGUCCGAACUUCCAAGAUCUACGCAUAACUCGGAGCAGAGUAAAGCUAGUGAAAAACACAGUAGGGAAGAACAAUUAUUGCAAAAGCUUGCAAAACAUAAUUUCAAGAGUAAAACAAGAAGUAAAGUCAAGUUUUUCCACCCUGGCACAAGGGAAUGGUUAUUGAAACGGAUUUACAGUUGGUUUGCAGAUGAAGAUGGGUCGAGAUUAUUGCUAUUAACUGCCGGGCCUGGGUUUGGCAAAAGCGUGUUCGCUGCAAGAGUUUGCGAUAUCUUUGAAGAAAAGGGGAGAUUGGCAGCAUGCCAUUUUUGUGAUUUUAGCAAUUCGAAUCUAAAAGAUCCUAUGAUGAUGCUACAGUCCCUUGCAAGUCAUAUGUGUCAAAAUAUCGUUGGUUUUAAAGAAAAGCUUCUUGAUCAGUUAAAGAGACCAUAUAAAGCCGAUAGCCUGAAGGACGCCUUUCAAAUAUAUUUGCAAAAUCCGCUUGAUGAGUUGGACGAAGAACAUUGCUUAAUUGUGAUCGAUGGCUUGGAUGAAAGUGCGACUGAUGAUAAAAGUGACAUGGUGAAAUUGAUUGCUGAUAAUUUUCCAGAUCUCCCGAGAUGUGUCAAAGUCUUGGUGACUAGCCGACCGGAGCUAUCCUUACAAAGAUUGGACCAUAUCGAAGUGAUAGAAAUUGAUGUCUAUGAUGUGGACAAUGAAUCAGAUAUUCUAAAAUAUCUAAAUGUUUGCCUUCCAACCCUUGCAGCCAGAGAUGAAAUGAAUCAUUCAGCACAACCUCACCAUUGGAAUGUUCUUCCUGCGAUUGUUAGAAAGUGCGAGGGUUCAUUUCUGUAUGCUUUCCACGUUCAGCAUGAAUUGUGUAAACGCAAGGAUCUUGACACCAUGACAUUUGAAGACAUUGUGUCUUUUCUUCCUGAAGGAGUGGGUUCUAUCUACCAAGCUUAUUUUCGUCGCCUUGAGAUUGAACUUGAAGCCGCAAUGAAAAGAAAUCCUGAUUUAUUUAAGCUCUUGGAAUUGCUUGUAGCUAUUGACACAAUGAAAGCAGAACUUCCCCUCAAGUUCGUGGCUAGGGCUCUUGGUUUAGCUCUUGAUUGUCGUGAAACGAAAAAAAUCAUUAACAAAGUUAACGAGGCGGUAUCGUGCUUGUUGUACGUCUCAGACGAUUUGAUAACCGUUUUUCACAAAUCCGUAUGUGACUGGCUUCUUGCAAAUGGAUACGACGAUCAUGAGUAUACUGUCAAAGUCAGUGAUGGUGAAAAACGACUGUGGCUGGUAUGCGAACAGGUUUUCCAAGAAAUAAAAAGAAACGUUUCCUUAGGACACAACUUGAAGCUUACCAACGAGGUGACGCACGCUCUGGAAUACGGACAGAAAUAUCUACUUGCCUGUCAUGUUAAGGAUAGUUUUUCAUGGUUUGUGGAUAUGAUAAUUGUUUAUGUCCUUUUACACGUCUAUCCUAAAAGUACUCGCCCUGUUCAAGACAUCUUGGAACAGGUUCUUCGGCGUGAUGUGGUCCUAAGUGUUCAAUUACGACAACGAUUUUCAUGGCAUUUUGCCGAAAUUAGUUAUCUAGGAAAUCACAAUUUGUUACUGGUAUUCGAUUAUGAGUCCACGAAACCUUUUUCCUACCUAGAAAGUGUCCUUCAUUAUUCCCCGGAAGGUUGUUUUACUGAUGACGAGAGGAAAAUCGCGGAAGUGAUUUUAGCAAAAUCCCCCCGUUGUGUGAAGCAUAGUAACGCGUUUGGAAUGAAAACUUUAAAGCCGCUUGAUACCAAACUUUUUCAUUCCCUCAUUGCAGCUGUUGGUGUUUCUUCAAGUAAGAAGUUAGCCGCUAUUGCAUUGGAAAAUGGAAUCAUUUGUGUUUUAAGCUUGCCAGAACUGAUCCAAUUAUGGCAGUAUUCCACCGGAUACAAGUGCAUUUCCUGUUGCACCUUUGCUCUAGACGAUACGUUCGUUUUGUAUGGAAAACUUGAAACGGUACUUAACAUUGAAGAGAAAAAGGAAGCAGCAUUUUUUGGUGGAGAAGUGGAAAGGUUCAAAUCUUGUGCGUUUUCUCCAAACGGCAAAAGGUUAAUAACCAGCGAUGGUUCAGACACCCUAAAGCUGUGGGAUGUAGUUAGACGUAGUUUGGUGGCAGUUCUUUCUGCAGGAGCUCCGGUAGAUGGCUGUACUUUUAGCAACACAGGACUCUUUAUCAUAGGGGGUGCAAACUAUGCGAAUAAAGGUGUUUACUGUGUAUGGAACUCCAUAACAUUACAGAGAGUCGAUCAAAGGUCAAACUUUUCUGGUAGUAUGGGUAGAAAGAAAGAUGGGGUCCUAUUGAGUGAAAGAUGUAAUCGUUGUUUUCGGCCAGAGUGGAAAGAAUUAAAUCCUCCGAAAGGGUUGGGAAUCAUGGCAUCCAUGCAGUUGAAUCGCCAUCUUUCAUAUGUUAUGAUGUCGGUGUUUGAUUCCAUGUUGCAAGGAAAAUGUUGCAAAACCUCCACUGGAAUCUACAAAGAAGUGGACUGUUUUUUUCAUUUGGAUAGCCAAAAGUAUUUGCGCGUAAUUGAUAGUAUACAUUUCACAACGCUCGCCAUAUGGGAAAUUUUCACAGGAAAUCCCGGAUUUUUGACGGAGGGCGUGCCCAUUCUUGACAUUGCAGCGGUGGAAGAUGAUCAUUGGUUGUAUGGCGAUGAGCAAAAGGUGGUUCUUUUCAGCUCAGUGCUCCCAAACGAAAAUCAGUUGAGUUUGUCACGUCCGACAUGCGUUCUUUGGUGCUCAUUUUCUCCCGAUGGUACUCGACUUGCCACGUGCACAUCCGACGGAUUUAUCAACAUCUGGAAUGUCGAUACGUCCCAAGUUUAUCAAAGUCUUAGAAGCAAUCUUGACACAUCGUCAGCUGCUUGUUGGUGGUCGGACAAGUACCUUUUCGUUUGCCAUGUAAUUGACACCAUUCCCAGCUUGUCAAGAUAUCCAGUUGAUAGAACCUUAAAGAUUAUUGUAACCGAGAAGCAGCCAAUGCCACUUUGUUCCGUGAACAACCAGUUUUUACCGUUUUCAGGGUUCCUGGAUUUUUUUGAAGGUUAUCUUAGCUUUGAGUGUGGUUACACGGAGCCUGUAAAAGUUAUCGAUGUCAAGAAAAUAGGACAUCCCAAAGUAGUCGUAUUGCCAGAAAUUCAGCCCAAGAUGAGUAUUGCAGUUUCGUCCCGUGCUUCCUUUGUUUUAGGCGCUGGUAUAGGCGGAUAUUUUCUUUGGAAAAAGAAUGAAGCUCAGCCAUCCGUAUAUAAUGUGUUUGUUAGGUUCGAGCAUCCAUCACGUGUAACGCGGUUUAUUUUUAAACCUAACCGUUAUGAGUGUUGUUUUAGUAAUGAUUCUAAAUUCGCUCUUGUUUCCUUUGUGAUGUGGCAACAACGAAGGUUCGUUGUUAUUGACGUGGAUACUGGUAUUCUGGCUAUGGACGAGAUCCACGACGGUAAAAGACGGAGGUUAUGUCUUGCAAUUCCAAAAGUAUUCUGUACUGACAGGGUUGUUAUUCAUUUAACUUCUAACAUGAUAGAAAUUUUUGAUUUGGAGAGUUGGAAGCUUCUUGAAUCGUCCUUCCAGCGGCAUCUUACCGAAGCAAUUCACUCGAAAUUAUCACCAAAAGGAACUGUCCUUGCAGUACCUAGACUAACUGGUGAUAUGGGAUUCCUUCAUUUGUGCAUUCCCAAACACUCUUCAGUAUCGAAUGGGCAGAAAAACUGGGAAAGGCUGGGCGGUGUUAAAUUCGUCUUACCUGUACCUAGUAGUUCAGGGAAUAUACCGGAAGUUAAAAAGAAGGUCAGAGAGAGCUUACCUGGACCUGGUGGAUUUGGAAACAUACCGAAAGUUGAAAAGAGGGUCGCAGAGAGCUUACCUGGUCCUAGUAUACCGAAAGUUAAAAAGACUUUCUGAUGUACAUAAUUUCUGAAACAAGAAAAACUUGUGUGCUGAGAAUUUGAAUGGAGUGACAAUAGAAAUUGGACUUUGAUUUGGGAAGCGGUUAGACUUUGCUUGGAGCCAGUCUAAAAUGGAGAAGUAAGACGUCUCCUUCCCUCCGCUAGUCUGGGAGUUCACAUCGGGCAAGUGAUAGCACUCCCUAGCCCCCCUUACCAGGGUUACGGUACUCUGGUGUGUUUUGGAGAAGUCUCUUAGGACGAAACUACUUAUGAAAUGAAGGACAACAAGGCGAUGACGACGAAGUUUGCUUUGGUCAUAUAUAUAUAUAUAUAUAUAUAUAUAUAUAUAUAUAUAUAUAUAUAUAUAUAUAUAUAUAUAUAUAUAUAUAUAUAAUGUAAUUAACAGUGUAAAUACACGCGAUGUUAGUUCAACGCCCUUUCGCUUAAGUUAAACUCUUAAAGUUAGAUGACGUCACGUUGGUCAUAGAAACUUUUAAAGGACAUUGGCAAUAAAAAAUUAGUUUGUCUCAAUCAAAAGAACUCUUAAAAUUAUAUAUUAAACUCUAUUACCGAUUUGUCAUAUCUUGCUUAGUUCUCGAAAUAUUUAGACCGAAAUUUAUGAGCUUUCCGCCAUCUUGGAAAAAUUCUUUACCUCAUUAACUAUGGUUUUGAUGACGUCAGGAGUUGGGUUAACCAUAUAAAACUACUUUAAAAUGAUCGAAUAACAAUCCAAAAUUGUUUGAAAUGUUUUUAAUCAUUUCUAAAUUUCCGACAGCAACCAGAAACGAAGUUUUGUACCCAUAUUGAUCGCUUACUCUCAAGAUAAAAAAUUAGCGUGACCCCUCUCUUGACGUAACAUGCAUAUCCUCAAUAAUCCAAAAUGGCGAACAGCUCACUUUUUUCAGUCGAAAUAUUUUGAAAACUAAGCAAGAUAUAAACAAUCUGUAAUAGAGUUUAAUAUAUAGUUUUAAGAGUUCUUUCAAAUGAACUAAACUAAUUUUUUAUUGCCAAUGUCCUUUAACAAGAUGAACUAAAUGUAAAUAAUGUAUGUUGAUAAAAACAAAAAAGAUUGAUCUUCCAUUAAAGCAAGGAAUGAUUUUUUCGUUUAGUAUAUUUUUCAAUCAGUCACGAAUUGUUACGGGGGCCAUUUUCAAGCUCUAGAUCAGCAAAAUAAAGGUUUGAUGAGUGUUCUAACUAUGUUUUAACUUAAAUUGAAUAAAGGAUUACCGAAUGGUUUUCCGUGCAGGAUUGCGUGAUACGCUUUCCGAAAGUCUCGCGACAUCCCAAGUGCUGCAUGGAUCACGCUAUCCUGCUUGGAAAACCAUUUGGUAAUUGUUUUAUAAAAUAACUACAGUGAAACAAUGACAUUUUGAGAAUCGCGCGAAGGCAUUUUAAUCCUCGUGCAGGAUAGCCUGAUUUUGCACGGCUAUUGACCAAUCAAAUUGCGUGUUUCACUGUAGUGAAACAUGAUAGUGUUGGGGCAGAGGUGUUGGGGAAGCAUUAAGAACAGCUAACCAAGGUCGCGUGACUGCAAAGUCUCGUGUACACUCUCAUCCUCGUUUGGCCAGGGCUCAAGGCUUCGUAAUAGGCCAAUACUCACACUACGAACAAACUAAAAUUGAUUAUAUUAUGCGAUGUUACAGCAUUGCAGUGCAGUAGCAAGCUCUUCGGGUGUGAGUCGGGACUGUACGAUUUAAAAAGGGGUUUCUGUGAAUUUCUG